AGAGUGGUGCACUCUCUGUGUCUGGGUCAGGCUCACUUUGUUGAAGAAGCUUUGUCUGAGGGGAUGAAACCAGUGUGCUGGGAGCUCACCUGUUGCCCCGCAGCCUCAGAAGAGAAUCGGAAUGUGAAGCACUGGAAGAUGUCCAGGCUAUUAAUCUUCUCAUCCUGAGCCAAAACUCUUGAUUUUUACCAGCGAGCAACGUUUCAGAAGUUGUCCACUGCUGGCUAUAACAUGGCUGCAGACCUUUUGCUACUGAGCCAUAAAAGAAAAUAUAGGACUCUGAAAUCCUGCUCUGGAUCACCCUGAGGAGAACAGUGUUAGGUGCGCACAACUCUCUGAUGUUGCGGUGCAACGGUGGCAUGGCUCAGAGGGCCUGGGUCAGCAUGCUCUUCCAGAACCGCAAAGCCCAGCUAUUACUGGUCAACUCCCUGACUUUUGGCUUGGAAGUCUGUCUGGCUGCCGGCAUCACUUAUGUGCCACCUCUCUUGUUGGAAGUGGGAGUGGAGGAGAAGUUCAUGACUAUGGUUCUGGGGAUUGGGCCAGUUCUGGGCCUAGUGUUUGUGCCACUCAUCGGUUCCGCCAGCGACCAAUGGCAUAGCAGCUAUGGCCGCCGCCGGCCUUUCAUCUGGGUCCUGUGCCUGGGAGUUUUACUGAGCCUUCUGAUCAUCCCUCAUGCACAACGCCUGGCCAGCCUCAUUGCCUUGGAUACCCGCUCCCUGGAGAUCGCCUUCCUUAUCAUGGGCAUUGGCCUGCUUGACUUCUGUGGCCAAGUCUGCUUCACCCCUCUGGAGGCUCUUCUCUCCGAUCUCUUCAAGGAGCCCGACAACUGCCGGCAGGCCUUCGCUAUGUAUUCCUUCAUGAUUAGCCUGGGAGGCUGCAUUGGGUACCUGCUGCCGGCAAUUGACUGGGACAGUAGCUUCCUGGCGCCUUACCUGGGGAGGCAGGAGGAGUGCCUCUUCAGCCUCCUCACCAUCAUCUUCCUCAGCUGCGUCUUGGCCACUGCCUUUGUCACGGAGGAAGUGGUAGCUCAGGUAGAAGUGCUGGCGGGCCCUGCAAUGAAGGAUUCCUCCAAGUCCCCGCCUCUGGCCUGCUGCUCUUGCUGGCUUCCAAAGAACUUUCUGAGGACCAGGCAUCUGGUCCAGGCCUUCCGGAGCCUUUGCGCCUUAGCCCCACGCCUGCACGGAGUCUGCUGCCGCAUCCCCAAGGUCAUCCGGCAACUUUUUGUGGCCGAGUUCUGCAGCUGGAUGGCCCUCAUGACCUUCAUGCUGUUCUACACGGACUUUGUUGGGGAAGGACUGUAUCAAGGAGUUCCCAGAGCUGAGCCAGGCACAGAAGCCAGGCGACACUACGAUGAAGGGAUUCGGAUGGGUAGCCUGGGCCUCUUUCUGCAGUGCAUCAUCUCCAUCAUCUUCUCGACAAUCAUGGACCGGAUGGUGAAGCAGUUUGGGACACGAAUGGUCUACCUAGCCAGUGUGGCCUUAUUCCCGCUGAUGGCCAUCAUCAUGUGCUUCUCUCAGAGUGUUGUCAUCGUCACUGUUUCUGCUGCCCUGACAGGCUUCCCUUUCUCAGUGCUGCAGAUCUUGCCGUACACACUGGCAUCGCUUUAUCAUCAUGAAAAACAGAUAUACUUGCCCAAAUAUAAAAGUAAAGAAGAAGAUGCAGCUCAGCUGGAGAAGAAACACGGCUUCCUCAAGAGCCACCUUCCUGGACAAAAAGUGACCUACCAGAAUGGACACGGUGGAAGCCUUUUCUCCCCGCCUGUUUCAGGCUCGGCUCUGUGCGUCAGCUCGCCCUGUGAGGUCUCUCUCAUCAUGAUGGUGGGAGACUCGGACACGGCAGCAGCAACAGCAAGCCGAGGCAUCUGUUCGGACUUGGCCAUCCUGGACAGUGCAUUCCUCCUUUCUCAGGUCAUCCCCUCCCUCCUCAUGGGCUCCCUUGUCCAGUUCACGCAGUCCGUCACCGCUUACAUGGCAUCAGCUACUGGCUUUGGGCUGGUGGCCAUUUACUUUGCAACCAAAGUGAUCUUCGACAAAAGUGACAUGGCCAAGUACUCUGUGUAGGAGGGGGAAAGGCUGCCGAGGGAAUUUCGCACAUUGAAACGGGUCAGGUGGUGCACAUUGCGGCCUCUUUCUCCCUGCCAGGUUGUGCUGUAAUGAGACGUGCAAAAAACAGAAAGAAAAAGAAACCCGGCUCCCUCUGGUUGAAGGAAAAGCAGUGCUAGGCUGAUCUCAGGGUAUCUAACAAAAGGGAGUCUGGUUUACUGUUGUCUGUUUCUCCCUAAUGCCUUCAUUGAAGUGCCUCUGCACAGAAGCCCGCAGCAGAUGCUUGCGGGUGUGAAAAGUAAAAUGCCAUCCUUUCUGCAACAGGGUACUCGCUCUGAUAGCUUUGUCACAUGGCAUGGCGGAAUGGUGACACAGUGCAGGAAGGGACCAAAGCUGUAAUUAACCUCACUUCUUAAGCCCCUGUUCACACCAUUGCAAAUGGGAAGGGGGUGGGCGCUGAGCUGCAAUUGCUGGACUCUCUCUUCAGAGCUGUGUGGCCUGCAGGCCCAAACCCCACGCUGUCUGAAGCAAGGGAGCCUGCUUGGCACGAGUGGGCUUUCAGCAGGAUUCAUUAACGUUGCAGGCCCUGUGCUUCAGACAUGGACACAAUUGCCCUCGCAAGCCAACAGGACUUUAGUUGUGCCUUUAAUACAUUGCUGUUGCUUGGUCUUCAUGUGAGAAUACUGAGUCGUCACGCCCAUGUAACAUAACAUUUUGGGUAUUGGUGUGAACCAGGGGAAAAAAAUUUGUGAAGGAGAUUGCAGAUGGGCACAUCUGUAGAAGCAACCCCUUCCCCUGUUCCAGAUGUGCCUGCAGGUUGGAACCCGAGAUCAAGGUGGUGUAAAUAAGCUGAGCAGGGCUCCGUAGGAGGGGGCUUGUUUAGCAGAGGAUGCUGCGGCUGAGCUGGCGGCAAGUCUGCAGUGGCGUGACGGAAAUUAAAACCUUGGUCAUCAUCCGAUACUUUCCCCUGUGUAUGCCCCAAAUAGAGCUUGCUGUUUGUGCAAACAGAGAGGCUCGCAUAAACGUAGGUUGACGAACAUGCUCCUCUGGGGGACCUGGCUUUAAGUGACUGACUGGCGCAAACACAUUACACUACCUUCCACUGUGCAGUCCUGAAAAAAGAGGCCUAGUGUGCCAGCAAGGUUGAAAAAAAUAAAAACCUUGCUCCCGUUAAGGUGAUGUGGCCAGCCUGGUUGUGCUAAAGGGCUCUGUGUUGUUGUUUUUUAAAGCACACCACCCAACUGUGUUUUUGUAUACCACAAGGCAGAGGUUUUUUCCAGUGUGUGAUCCAGUAUUUCUACCACCCAGAUAGUGUAGAGGCUCUCCUUAGGUUGAGCAAGCUAUGCAAAGCAAACUGCUCUCUUUUGAAACAUAUUCUGUAGCUGUUGUCGCUGCUGCAAAGCAGUUUUCAAUGAGCCGUUUGCAGAGCACCAUGCAGUGCAGGCAGUUGUAACUUGGAGAGUGUGGAAAUUGCACAUCCAGUACCGAAAAAAUUCAGGGAAUGUAAAACUCUGCGAUUGAGAAGCCAAACCCCUUCCCCCAAAGUAAGAUACCCUGUCCUAUUGGGUUCAAGAAAUUUGAACAAAAAGAAGUAGCUGUAACUAGCUCAGGACCAAACUUGAUAUGAUGUUAAUUAUGUGAAUUCAAUUAAGGUGCACUUUGUGGGGGGUGGAGUGGGUGGGAUUAUAUUACUAGCAGCCUCAAAGAAGCUCCCUCCUGCUCUGGUCCUAACAAAAAUUACCCCUCUAAAGCUUCUAUUUGUUUGUCAGUGGAAACCUCUACUGGUGCCACAGGGAGCCUCCACUGGCACCAAAAACAAAUUGCUAGGAGAGGAGAAAAGCAUCCUGUUCUCCCAGUUGUCUACCAGAUGCCCACAGGAAGCCUGAAAACAUGACUUGAGCGCAGUAGCACUCUUUCCUUAUAUUGGCCACCCCUGGGAGUUGUAGUUCAGGGCCAAAGUUCUCCACAACUUUGGCAGGGAGAGGCUCUGACACACUCUUCUCCAGUCCUGGAUAACCCCAUCUGCCUGAGUAAAUGUGUGCAUCCAGUUGCUCUGCGUAGGAGCAUGUCGACCAGAGUGAAGGAGACAUUUCCUUUAAUUUGCCUCUUCCACAUUCUUACUCAGCCUAUGGACUCGCCUAGUUGCUCUUGACCUUGACCUAACAGAAACAAACAGAGCAACAGCUUUCACCAGCUGCUGGUGGCAGUUCCUGCUCAGGGUUUGGGAGGAUGGGAGGGCUUAUCUUACAAGCAGCAAACCCCCCCCCCAACACCUGUGACACCUCUCCUCUCACAGCUAUUCUACAAACCCUCUA